AUGAUGUUCCCCGCCUUCGUGCUCUUGAUCAGUGUUGAGAAAUACGAGCAAGGAUUCAUCACAGACCCCGUGGUGCUGAGCCCCAACGACCGAGUGCGAGACGUGUUUGAAGCAAAAGCUCGUCACGGAUUCUGUGGGAUUCCCAUCACGGACAACGGGAAGAUGGGGGGCAAGCUGGUUGGGAUCAUUUCAUCUCGAGAUAUUGAUUUCCUGAAAGAGUCGGAGCAUGACCUGCCUCUCGGCGAGAUUAUGACAAAGCGGGAGGAUCUUGUUGUGGCCCCGGCUGGUGUAAUGUUGAAAGAAGCGAAUGAAAUUCUGCAAAGGAGUAAAAAAGGCAAGCUGCCAAUUGUUAAUGAAGAUGACGAGCUGGUGGCUAUAAUUGCCCGCACCGACCUCAAGAAGAACCGGGACUACCCUCUGGCUUCUAAGGAUUCCAAGAAGCAGUUGCUCUGUGGUGCCGCUAUCGGGACCCACGAAGAUGACAAGUACCGGCUGGACCUCCUGGUGCAGGCUGGCGUGGAUGUGGUAGUGCUGGAUUCCUCUCAGGGGAACUCCAUCUUCCAGAUCAAUAUGAUAAAAUAUAUUAAAGAGAAAUAUCCCAACCUACAAGUUAUUGGAGGAAACGUUGUGACCGCUGCUCAGGCCAAGAACCUCAUUGACGCAGGGGUCGAUGCCCUGAGAGUCGGGAUGGGCAGUGGCUCCAUCUGCAUCACACAGGAAGCUGCUCCAAAGAUCCCUCCAGACCUAAAGUCCCACAGCCCCAAAUGCCCUUCUACUGUCACGGGCACCUAUAUGCUGGCGUGCGGCCGCCCCCAGGCCACGGCGGUGUACAAGGUGUCUGAAUACGCCAGGAGAUUCGGUGUCCCCGUGAUUGCAGAUGGAGGGAUCCAGACGGUUGGGCACAUCGCAAAGGCCCUCGCACUCGGGGCCUCCACAGUGAUGAUGGGCUCUCUCCUGGCUGCCACCACGGAGGCCCCAGGUGAAUACUUCUUCUCGGAUGGAAUUAGGCUGAAGAAAUACCGUGGCAUGGGCUCACUAGAUGCCAUGGACAAGAACUUGGGCAGCCAGAACCGGUAUUUCAGCGAGACGGACAAAAUCAAAGUGGCCCAGGGGGUCUCUGGCGCAGUGCAGGACAAGGGCUCUAUCCACAAGUUCAUUCCAUACCUGAUUGCUGGGCAUUCCUGCCAGGAUAUUGGUGCCAAGAGCCUGACCCAAGUCCGAGCCAUGAUGUACUCGGGAGAGCUGAAGUUUGAGAAGAGGACGACGUCUGCCCAAGUGGAGGGAGGGGUGCAUGGCCUCCACUCGUAUGAGAAGCGCCUCUUCUGAAGGAGGCCUGUCUUGUGUCUGUCAUCGUGCCACUCAGCCCUGUGCCACCCUGUGCGGGAGCUGCUCUUGCUGCAGAAGUGCCAUUCCUCUGUGGGCUGCCUGGAGCUCCUUGUGUCCCUUGGCUGCUUCAUCACCACCCGAGAGGGCCCACCCCCUGCCCAGGAGCAGUGAUCCUGGGCUGGUGCCUGGAGCCUUGCACGCGUUGGCCGUGUUUUACAAUAAAAGGAAAAGAUGUGCAGUUGGUGUCA